UGGGCCUCAUCCCGCCCCGGAAACACUUUGGCCUGUGUGACGUCAUUGUUGACCCAAAAUGGCGGAGUCGGAGGAAGAUGUGUUGGUCCAGAGAGUUGUUAAAGAUAUUACCAACGCCUUCAAAAGAAACCCCAACAUCGAUGAAAUCGGUGUGAUUCCGUGUCCGGAGGCUCGCUACAAUCGCAGUCCCAUCGUGUUGGUGGACAACAAGCUGGGCGUGGAGAGCUGGUGUGUCAAGUUCUUGCUGCCGUACGUCCACAACAAGCUGGUGCUGUACCGCCAGCGCAAACACUGGCUUGAUAGGGAAGCUUUGGUAGAUCUCACCUCCACCUUGUUGCUUCUCCAUCCUGACUUCACCACCGCUUGGAACGUCAGGAAGGAGUUGCUGCAAAUUGGAGUCUUCCACCCUGACAAGGACCUUUACCUGGCCAAGUUGGCACUCACCAAAUUCCCCAAGAGCCCAGAGACCUGGAUACAUCGACGCUGGGUACUGCAACACAUGCUGAGAGGAGGCUCAGCAGGUCUGUGCGGUGUGAAGGUUGAAGGGGAGCAAGAAGAAGCAGAAAGGAGUCAGCAGCUAAGUGAAGAUCUGACCAGGAGUCUCCAGCGAGAGCUUCAGGUGUGCUCUGAUGCUGCUUGUCGCUACCCCAGCAACUACAACGCCUGGUCCCAUCGCAUCUGGGUGCUGCAACACAUGGCCAAAGGAAAUGUCAAGGUCUUCCACGACGAGCUGUCCUCCAUGGCUCAGUGGGUGUCGGCGCACGUGUCCGACCACAGUGGCUUCCACUACCGCCAGUUCCUGCUCAAGGAGCUCGUGGCGGACUUCUCUCAGACGCAUUGUCCCCGCAACAGCAGCUGUCUGCAGCCGCAUCCGUGUGGGACGUGUCCCUCACGUUCCGGCGGUGUGCAGCUGAACGGAGAUCUGUCCGAGGAAGAAGAGCAGCUGGAGGUGGAGCUCAACAAACUGUUGAAGCUCUUCCACGAGGAGAUGGAACUGUGCUCGGACCUGAUCCAGUCUUUCCCUGGACACGAGACACUGUGGAGUCAUAGGCGUCAUGUCUUCUACUUGUGGCACCAGUGGAGGUUAGAACAUUCCCACCUGAACAGCAGUGGCGCCAGCACUCUAAAUAACUCCAGUGGCCUGGUAAAGUCUGCGGGCGGUAGAGAGUGGGGAGAGGAUGUGAACGGACACGCUGCCAUGGAGGUAGAUGGCGUCUCGUUGCCUCGUAACAGCAAGCGUCUGAAGAGAGGCCUCCGACCUCCGAGUCUACCCAGCCUGUCGUCAGAGUUCACCUUUGUGUGCGCAGUCCUGGAUGGCCCUUGUCAUCCUGAGCAGAGACGCUUUGCCUUGGCCUACAAGAAGUGGUUGGACACUGUCAUUUGCAAGGAACUCUGAGAUCAGUAGGUGGACCGUGCUUUUAUACAGCAUCCUUCCAUUCAUGCCUACAUAUUAUAACGAUUCAUACUUCCUGUCUUCAUCCACAUUCACCUCACAGACAUUCUUACUUCAACUCUUCAUAUCCUAGACCUCACUGAUUAUUACAAUCUGACCAAACUUGACUGUAUAUUCCAUCAUAUCUUGUAGCAUCUAGGCACGUAUGUUCAAAGAAACGUCUUACGAGUGGAAUGGGGAAUGUAUCGAUGCAUCGGAAAGAUGUAUCUUUGUUGUAUGUGUUGAUGCGUCAGAAACAUGUGUCUACUCCUCAGAAAAAUGUAUAUGUUAGUCGGAAGGAUGUGUCGAUGCGUCGGAAAAAUGUAUCUAUUCGGCGAAAAGAUGAAUCUAUUUGUCGGAAAGAUAAACCUAUUCGUUUGAAAGAUGUAUCUGCGUCGGAAGGAUGUGUCGAUGCGUCUGAAAGAUGGAUCCAUUCGUCUGAACGAUGGAUCUAUUCGUUGGAAGGAUGUAUAGAUGCAUGGAAAGAUGUGUUGAUGCAUCCGAAAGAUGAAUCUAUUCGUCUGAAAGAAUGAUCUGUUUGUCGGAAGAAUGUGUCGAUGCAUUGUAAAGAUGUAUCUAUUCACAGGAAAUAUGUAUGUAUUUGUUGGAAAAAUCUAUCGAUGCGUCAGAAAGAUGCAUCAAUGCGUCGGGAAUUGCGUAUCAAUGGGUCGGAAAUUUAGUAUCGAUGUGUCGGAAGGAUAUACCAAUGUGUCGGAAAGAUAUAUCGAUGCGACUGUAAGAUGUAUUGAUGCGUCGGAAAGAUGUAUAAUUUUGUCGCAAGGAUUCAUCUAUUCGUCUAAAAGAUGUAUCUAUUCGUCGGAAGGAUGUGUCAAUGCGUCUAAAAGAUUUGUUUAUUCGUCUGAAAGAUGCAUCUAUUCGUCGGAAGGAUGUAUCAAUUUGUCUGAAAGAUGCAUCUAUUCGUCGGAAGGAUGUAUCAAUUUGUCUGAAAGAAGUAUCUUUUCGUCUGAAUUUGUCUGAAAGAAGUAUCUAUUCCUCUGACAGAGGUAUCUAUUCGUCGAAAGGAUGUGUCAAUGCGUGGUAGAGAUGUAUCUAUUCAGUGGAAAGAUGUGUUGAUGCAUAGGAAAGAUUAUCUAUUCGUCGGAAAGAUGUAUCAGUUUGUCGCAAACAUGUAUCUAUUCGUCGGAACGAUGUAUCUAUUCGUCGGAAAGAUCUAUCGAUUUGUUUAAAAGGUGUAUCUAUUCGUCUGAAAGAAGUAUUUAUUUGUCUGAAAGAAGUAUCUAUUCGUUGGAAGGAUGUGUCAAUGCGUGGUAAAGAUGUGUCGAUGCGUCAGAAAGAUGAUCUAUUCGUCGGAAAGAUGUAUCUAUUUGUCGGAAUGAUGUGGUAAUGCGUCUGAAAGAUGCAUCCAUUCGUCUGAAAGAUGUAUCUAUCGUCAGAAGGAUGUAUCUAUUUGUUGGGAAAAUAUAUCUAUUCGUCGGAAGGAUGUAUCUUUUCGUCGGAAAGAUGUAUCUAUUCGUCGGAAAGAUGUAUCUAUUCGUCUGAAAGAUGCAUCUAUUUGUCAGAAGAAUGUAUCUAUUCGUCUGAAAGAAGUAUCUAUUCGUCGAAAGGAUGUGUCAAUGCGUGGGGAAAAUAUAUCUAUUCAUUGGAAAGAUGUGUCGAUGCAUAGGAAAGAUGAUGUAUUCGUCGGAAAGAUAUAUCGAUAUGUCGGAAAGAUGUAUCUAUUCAUCUGAAAGAAGUAUCUAUUCGUCGAAAGGAUGUGUCAAUGCGUGGGAAAGAUUCUCUAUUCGUCUGAAAGAUGUAUCUAUUCGUCGGAAGGAUGUAUUUAUUCGUCUGAAAGAAGUAUCUACUCGUCGGAAGGAUGUGUCAAUGCGUGGGAAAGAUGUAUCUAUUCAGCGGAAAGAUGUGUCGAUGCGUUGGAAAGAUGAUCUAUUCGUCGGAAAGAUGUAUCUAUUUGUCGUCCGAAGGAUGUUUCAAUGCAUCUGAAAGAUGCAUCUAUUCGUCUGAAAGAUGUAUCUAUUCGUUGGAUGGAUGUAUCUAUUCGUCGGAAGGAUGUAGUAGCUAUUCGUCGGAAAGAUUUAUCUAUUCGUCCGAAAGAUGUAUCUAUUCAUCUGAAAGAAGUAUCUAUUCGUCGAAAGGAUGUGUCAAUGCGUGGGAAAGAUUCUCUAUUCGUCUGAAAGAUGUAUCUAUUCUUCGGAAGGAUGUAUUUAUUCGUCUGAAAGAAGUAUCUACUCGUCGGAAGGAUGUGUCAAUGCAUGGGAAAGAUGUAUCUAUUCAUCGGAAAGAUGUGUCGAUGCGUUGGAAAGAUGGUCUAUUCGUCGGAAAGAUGUAUCUAUUUGUUGUCCGAAGGAUGUUUCAAUGCAUCUGAAAGAUGCAUCUAUUUGUCUGAAAGAUGUAUCUAUUCGUUGGAUGGAUGUAUCUAUUCGUCGGAAGGAUGUAGUAGCUAUUCGUCGGAAAGAUUUAUCUAUUCGUCGGAAAGAUGUAUCUAUUCAUCUGAAAGAAGUAUCUAUUCGUCGAAAGGAUGUGUCAAUGCGUGGGAAAGAUUUUCUAUUCGUCUGAAAGAUGUAUCUAUUCGUCGGAAGGAUGUAUUUAUUCGUCUGAAAGAAGUAUCUAUUCAUUGGAAGGAUGUGUCAGUGCAUGGGAAAGAUGUAUCUAUUCAUCGGAAAGAUGUGUCGAUGAGUCGGAAAGAUGAUCUAUUCGUCGGAAAGAUGUGGUAAUGCGUCUGAAAGAUGCAUCUAUUUGUCGGGAAAUGUAUCUAUUUGUUGGAAGGAUGUAUCUAUUCGUCGGAAAGAUGUAUCUAUUCGUCUGUCAAAUGCAUGUGUUCGUCGGAAGGAUGUAUCUAUUCGUCGAAAGGAUGUCAAUGCUUGGGAAAAAUGUAUCUAUUCAUUGUAAAGAUAUGUUGAUGCAUAGGAAAGAUGAUCUAUUCGUCGAAAAGAUGUAUCGAUACACCGGAAAGAUGUAUCUAUUCGUCUGAAAGAUGCAUCUAUUCGUCUAAAGGAUGUAUCUAUUCAUUGGAAAGAUGUAUCUAUUCAUUGGGAGGAUGUAUCGAUUCAUCGGAAGGGUGUAUCUGUUUGUUGAAAGGAUUUGUCGACGCGUAGGAAAGACGUAUCUAUUCAUCGGAAAGAUGUAUCGAUGCAUCGGAAAGAUUUAUUUGUGCGUGGAAAAGAUGUAUCUAUUCGUCGGAAAGAUGUGUCGAUGCAUAGGAAAGAUGUAUCCAUUUGUUGGAAGGAUGUGUCUGUGUGUCAGGAAGAUAUAUCGAUAUGUAACAAAGUGCGUGCGGGUCUCAACAGAAAGCCAAUAAGAUUAUAAAUGCUAAUACAGAAGUACCUCGGUUUUGCACACAUCAAUUUUAAUAGAUUUGGUUUUGUCCAUUCAAUUUUUUUCAGCACAAUUUUGCCCCAGGUUUUGGAGACUGUCUCAGGUAUUUUAUCGUCAAACAUUGCUUGUGACAAACUAGUCCAUUUACCGGCAUAUCAUGUGGCAGAAGGAUGUCACAUGAACUCACACAGCAUAUUAUUUGGAUACUUUUAUUACGCUUGACGUCAGGUUGCAGACUCAAAAACCUGGCGGGGAAACAAGCGUAUUUGUAGCAGACUGUCUCUAUGUUGUCAUUUUUCAUGCCAACAGAGCAAGCAUGCCUGAUAAAAAGCACUCAAAAGUAAAGUUUCAUUUUUUUAAAAUACCCUAGCUUGAUACUUAUUUACAUUCGAUAGUGCAUAUACAUGCUACUGAUUAGCAUUAGUGAUUUUGCAUGGAAAUUUCAACACCUCCACAUUUGGUCAUAGAAAGUACAAAUAAGAUGCAUGUUCUGCGAUAAGGUGGCGACUUGUCCAGGGUGUACCCUGCCUUGUAGCUGAGAUAGGCGCCAGCGCCCCCCGCGACCCCGAAAGGGAAUAAGCGGUAGAAAAUGGAUGGAUGGGAGAUGCAUGUUAUCAAACAUCUGCUGUGUAAUAAGUACAGUACUUAGAGCACAAACACUUUGUAGGACUCAACAAAAAAAACAUUCACUUAAUGGCAAAUAAUACGGCAACACACCUCAGACAAACGAUUUGCAUACUUGGAAGUAAAUAUAACAAAUGGAUGCCAUUUUCCUAUUAAAUAGUUACAUUUAUUACCACAUUAAAAAAAACUAAAACUACUUAAAAUGGAGAAUAUCCAUUGAAAUGUGAAAAGUAUCAUCCAUAGGCCAAACAAAGAAUCCACACGUUACUGAUUCACUUGUUUUCUUACUUUUAUGAAGUAUUUCUGGAAUAAUAAUCCAGCAAAGAAUAGUGCAAAUGCCAGUACUUGAUUAGAGAAAGGUGCAAAAAAAGUAUUGUGUUUAAGAAAGAACUCAAAAUAACAUAGAAAAGUAGUCCCACCAUCAAGAGUUCAAUAAAGUUACAAAUCUUAAAUUAGUAUUAUUUCUUCCAUUCAUCAUGAAUAAUUCACAUGGCUUCCUAUGUGUCAAACUAUUAAUAAUCUCCGUUAAACAAGGGAAGUCCCAUCAUCAAGAGUUCAAUGAAGUUACUAAGAAAGUCUUAAGGUAGUAUUAUUCCUUUCGUUCAUCAGGAAUAUUUCCUACAUGUCAAACUGCUAAUCUCCAUUAAAUGUUUUGUCUUCUU